UCAGGAUCUACAGGGGGCGUGCCCUUCUUCCAACGACCACCAGACUCUGCUUGAGCGUCUCUCGGGGACAGUGGCACUACACGCCCUAGACAGAGUCCGCACGGUCGGUCAGCGUCUGCACCAUGGCAUCGGAAGAGCUGGCUCUCAAACUACAGCGUAGGCUGCAAGCGCAACAGUCGGAUGGCGUCGAACCGGCGACUGGAAACGAACCAGACGAGAAACCACCUACCGAGAAUGCCAGCUCGGAGCUGAGUGCCAUGCUGCUCCGGAGACAAGGCAUCAACGAGGGCAGUACGCGGCCGCGCCAGGCAAAGAUCUUCAAUCCUUACACCGAGUUCAAGGAGUUCAGCAGGAAGCAGAUCAAGGACAUGGAAAAGAUGUUUAAGCAAUAUGAUUCUGGAAAGGAUGGAUUUAUUGAUUUGAUGGAACUGAAGAUGAUGAUGGAGAAGCUUGGAGCCCCACAAACUCACCUAGGCUUGAAGCAGAUGAUCAAGGAAGUAGAUGAGGACUUCGAUGGGAGACUUAGCUACCGAGAGUUUCUGCUAAUCUUCAGAAAGGCAGCAGCCGGUGAGCUGGAGGAGGAAAGUGGGCUAAUGGCUCUGGCACGACUCUCUGAGAUUGAUGUUUCUACUGAAGGUGUUCUGGGUGCAAGAGACUUUUUUGAAGCUAAGGUUCAAGCUUUGGCUAUUGGCAGUAAAUUUGAGGAGGAAAUCAAAGCAGAGAAGGAGGAGAGAAGGAGGCUAGAGCUGGAGAAGAAACAGCGAAGGGCUGCUUUCAAGGAGCUGCAGUCAGCCUUCACGCCCUGAGUUCUAGGGGGCCCUUGUGAUGUGCUGACCCCAAGAUUUGAGAAGAUGUAACCCCAACUCACCCAUCUCAUCACUGCUGCACUGCCGACCUAUUCAGUGUGGACAUGUGGCUCAAGUCAGUCAUUGAGCGUCUAGUGUAAUUCUAGACAAUUGAGCAUGGCCAGCUGAGUGACACUGUCUUCACGGCCUGGCAGCUGGAUAGGGACCAUAUGUAAUAGUCAAUGAUUCAGUCCUUAUUUUAUAUUGUGCCUUUAACAGAACACACCAUUAUAACACCCUUUACAAAGCAAUCAAGUAUAUUAUUUUAAGAAGAAAAAAAAUGUGUUAUCCCUUGUAACUGCUGCAGGUGUAAUAAAAGAUCUAAAGACUUGCUAUAAUCCAUCAUCCCGUAUGAAAAAAGAAUAUAAAGGAAGUGUAUGGACAAAGAGAGUUACUGCUUUUUUAUUUUUCCUCCCAUGUUAUUGUUAUUCAUUGUGGAUAAGCCAGGAAUGUGAUACUUGCAGCCAAAGCAUCACUCUAAAUGGAAGAAAGCUAGGGCUAUGCUGACUGGCUGAGGAAUACAGCCCGAGUCCAUUCCCCCUCUCCCACCAUCACACUUUUUUUGUGCCAGUAUUUGCUUUACUUCGCCAGACAGGACCAAAAUUUAAAAUUCUAAUGCAGAGCUUGAGUGGUAGUUUUGUAAUUUUUUCCCUCUUAUGGGCUGCUUAUCCUUUGAUUUUCAGGUUGACGGAUUCCCUUUUUCCUAGAACUCAGGUAUUAUAUUCAGGGUAUAAAUCAUUAUGAAACACCCAAAAUGACAGCGAAACGUGUCAAGAUGAGAGAUAUUCCAGUCUGAACAUAUGCAGGUUAGGUGUUCAUGUGUGGAUUGGGUUUUCAAGUCAUUAAUAAUAAUAAUAAUAAUUCAUUGAAAUAUGUUGGUUAUGGGUGCACUUAGUUCACUGGCAUAUUCGCUUCACUUUCUUCAUCAGUUUCGGAUUUACUGUCAUGUAGCCAAUGCAUGUCAGCUGAAGGAGGGCCAAAGUUCAGGGAGUCAAGAAGGUCUGGCUGACAACUGGCGGACUCUCCAAGUACCUCGGACAAAACCAAAAUAGUUGAACAAAAAAAUGACAUAAAAGUGUAAUUUGAAUCCUCUUAACACAGGGGUUCUCAAGUUCAGUCCUGGUGCCCCCAACUUUGGCUGCAGACUUUCAUCUCAACCAGUAUCACACCUAGUAAAUCAUGUUUAUGUUUAGUUACUCUCAUUGUUUAAUUUGCAGGCCGUUUAUUUCUUUUCACAGUUUGCAUUUAGAAACAUUCAAUAAGAGAUUUACAUUUAUAAUAUGAAAAGGUUUGCUACAGCUUUAAAUAAUUAACUCCAUUUUGUCAUUUUCUUUUUGAUUCACUUUUUUCUGUGGAGUUUUACCUCUUAAUUUUAUCUGAAUACUGACAAUUAAUGAUGAGACGCAGGUGCAAAUGAUACUGAAUUCCAGGGGGCAGAAGCUGCUUCAAUGUUAGCCACUUGUAUAGUUAUUAGCAAGAAACAGUUUUCAAUAAACUGAGCCUUAAAAAGGAACACAUAUUAACAGCAUUAUAAAAAGAAUGAAUUGCCUAGUAAUCCUUUAGCACAAGAAAUUUGCUUUUAUAAUGGAGGAGUCCAAUUAAAAGCAGAAAUUGGUGGAGAAGAAACCUUGCCGCCAUGGGAGGCACACAACUGAACUUGAAGCCUCUGUCCUAAGCCAGCCCCUACCUGUAGUUGUACUUCGAAUUGUAUAUUAAAAUACCAAGUAUCAUUAAAAAAACAGAUAAAACCAUCUCUGGCUAAACUAAAUAAUUAUAGUAUUUUUUUUAAAUGUUAGAGGGUGUCCAGGUGUGUAUGCUAUGACCUGGCACCCUGUCCACAAUUUGUUUUUGGUAGCUUCAAGUGCUAGGACGACAGAUUGCAGCUUCCCAUUACCUUGUAAUAAAAUUGACUAUAGAAAAUGGAUGGAUUGAUAGAUGGAUAGCUUAUAAUGCAAAUUCUGCUUUCUGUAUUAUGCUUUACAUUGAACAGUGAACAUUUUGUAACUUAAUUUUAGAUGUAGUAUUUUCUCACAGAAAAAUAAACAUUUAAGAUUCUAAAAUAUAUUUCUAAAGUAAAGUGUUUUUAAAGUAUAUAAAUAUUUAUGUAAUUUGAAAGUUAUUAUAACAUAUAGUUUACAUAUUCUAUAAUAAAGACAGUCUCCAUUAGAAUAUAUUAUGCUGUCAGUAUUACUGAUACCAGAGUAGUCUGUGUCCAUAAGACAUAUCUAUUUGGCUUGGCAACAUGAGGCAUGCUACUUUAGCUUAUCCAGUUAAUGUACUAGUAAGGUAAAGAA